AUGGGUGUCGGACGUCGCAUGAAGAAGCAGGGUCCUCCCGAACCCUUGUCGGAGGCGCACUUCGCAAAGUUGAAGCGCAAGGCCGGUAUUCCAGUCGAACCCGUCGAGGCGCCCGAGACGAAGAAGAGGAGGACGACGAAGCAACCCGCGCCCAAGGCCAAUGGCGCGGCAGCAAAGAAGCAGGAUGCGAAGAAGCUCAAGGCCGCGGCACCGGCCAAGCCCGCGCCCAAGGCGAACGGAAAGAAGGGCAAGAAGCAGCCCGAGCCCGAGUCUGACGAGGAGAUGUCCGACGACGACGACCUCGCCGACUUCAACGGCGCGCCUGGCGACAGCGAUUCCGAGAUGGACGACGAGGCCGACGAGUUCUCCGACCUGGAAGGUGGUGGUCUGCCCGACGACUUCUUGGGCUCAGAUGACGACUCCGUCGUCGACUCGGACGAGGAGCAGGGCGGCGGCGGCGGAAAGCACAUGUUCUCGGAGGACGAAGACGACUCGGACGGCGAGGAGCAGCUCACAAAGGCCAACAUUGAGGGUCUGGCCAGGCGGCUUGACAAGCAGCUCGCUGACGAGGAGGCGGAUGCGCAGGCCGAACUCGAGGAGAUGGGUCUGCAGACCAACAUCGACGGCGACAAGCCGCAUAUCCUGGACGAUUCGGACGACGAGCUCAACGCCAAGACUAAGGGUCUGCUUGCGCCGGAUCUGCAGCUCCUGAGAACCAGAAUUACCGAGAACAUCAGAGUACUUGACGACUUUGCGAAACUUCACGAGGAGGGCCGUUCGCGCGCCGAGUACACCAACCAGCUCAUCAAGGACAUCUGCGCCUACUACGGCUACUCCGAGUACCUUGCUGAGAAGCUUUUCAACCUCUUUUCUCCCCGUGAGGCCUUCGCCUUCUUCGAGGCUAAUGAGUCUGCCCGUCCCGUCGUCCUGAGGACAAACACCCUCCGCACUCAUCGUCGCGAUCUCGCCCAGGCCCUGAUCGGCCGCGGUGUCACCCUCGAGCCCGUCGGCAAGUGGUCCAAGGUCGGUCUGCAAGUCUUCGAGUCCAACGUCCCCCUCGGUGCCACCCCCGAGUACCUUGCCGGCCACUACAUCCUCCAAGCCGCCUCUUCGUUCCUCCCCGUCAUGGCCCUCGAGCCGCAGGAGAACGAGCGCGUGCUCGAUAUGGCCGCCGCUCCUGGUGGUAAGACAACGCACAUGGCCGCGAUGAUGAAGAACACCGGUAUCAUCGUCGCCAACGAUCCCAGCAAGCAGCGUGCCAAGGGUCUGAUUGGUAACAUUCACCGUCUGGGUGCCCGCAACGUCGUCGUUUCCAACUACGACGCUCGCGAGUUCCCCAAGCCCAUGGGUGGUUUCGACCGUGUCUUGCUCGAUGCCCCUUGCUCCGGUACUGGUGUUAUUGCCAAGGAUGCCAGCGUCAAGACAAACAAGACCGAGAGGGAUUUCAUGCUGCUCCCGCAUACGCAGAAGCAGCUUAUCCUGGCUGCCAUUGACUCCGUCAACCACCACAGCAAGACCGGCGGUUACAUUGUCUACUCUACGUGUUCCGUGACCGUCGAGGAGAACGAGGCCGUCGUCCAAUACGCCCUGUCUCGCCGCCCCAACGUCAAGCUCGUCGACACCAACCUCCCCUUCGGUCGCGAGGGCUUCACCAGCUUCAUGGGCAAGAAGUUCGACCCCUCCAUCAAGCUCACCCGCCGCUACUACCCGCACACCUACAACGUCGACGGCUUCUUCGUCGCGAAGUUCCAAAAGAUCGGCCCCACCCCCGACAAGGUCCCCUCGGGCGACCGCUACUCUUCCUCCGCAUCCGCCGCCGCCUCCGGCGAGGUCGUCGACAAGACGCCCAUCACCGACGACGAGAGCGGCGCCGACAGCAAGAAGGACGACUUCGGCGGAUUCGACGAGGACGAGGACGAGGAGUACAUCGACAAGGCCAAGCGCAACGCCAUGCGCAGGAGAGGUCUCGACCCCAACGCCCUCACCGCCGAGGCCAAGAAGGGCAAGGAGAAGAAGGCCAAGAAGGUCGCCGAGGCGUCCGAGUCCGAGUCCGAGCCCGAGGCCGAGAAGCCCGCGGAGAAGACCCCUGAGAAGAAGGAGAAGAAGGACAAGAAGAAGGCGGCCGUAGCCGAGAAGGCCGAGGAGAAGAAGACCGAGGAGAAGCCCACAACAACAGAAAAGAGCCCCAAGACCAAGAGCCCCAAGCAAAAGAAGGAGAAGAAGGGCGGAAAGUAA